AUCCAGCUUAAAGCAUCAGUCGAUCAAACAUCAUCACCACACAAAACACACAACCUUCUCAUGAUAGAGAGACGCACCUAUAAUCGAACAUCAAAACUAUGAAUUAACAAAUAUUUAGCAGAAAAGCAAACUUUAAUCAUCGAAUGACGACGUAACAACAACGCAAUCAAUACGAAGUCUAAUCAAAACUAAAAAAACACGCUUUUUUCUGCCUUUGAAAAAGAUACAACCUUGAUUGAUGUGAAUAACUAAAACCAAAUUCCGCCAGCGAUUUUACCACUAAAAAUCAAUUAAAUUGAAUUUUAUUUAUAUAUAAAGCAUAUUUUUGCUCAUUUUUAGCAGUACAUGCAACGGAAAAAGAGCGAGAAAUCUCCGCGAUCCAAUUAAAUUGAAUUCAAGGAAUUGAUCUACAACAAACAAAUAAGCUUACGCAAAGCUUCGAUCGAUAUAUUUUUUAGAAGUGCGAUUUAAGAGAAAUCUGAUUAUUUAAACUUAGCCUAGAAUUCAUCGUCAUCGACACAUCGCCACUACCACCACAACAAAACAAACUCAAAAUGGGAAAGCAAAACAGUAAACUCAAGCCAGAAGUCCUAGAGGAUUUGAAACAAAACACCGAAUUCACCGAUGCCGAAAUUCAAGAAUGGUAUAAAGGCUUCCUAAAAGACUGUCCAAGUGGACAUCUGUCAGUAGAGGAAUUCAAAAAGAUUUACGGUAACUUUUUUCCAUACGGUGAUGCCAGCAAGUUUGCCGAGCACGUUUUUCGAACGUUUGACGCAAAUGGUGAUGGUACCAUUGAUUUUCGAGAGUUUUUGUGUGCGCUCAGUGUGACAUCUAGAGGUAAAUUGGAACAAAAACUUAAAUGGGCCUUUUCAAUGUACGAUUUAGAUGGCAAUGGCUAUAUUUCGCGACAAGAGAUGCUAGAAAUUGUAACUGCUAUUUACAAAAUGGUUGGUUCAGUGAUGAAGAUGCCGGAAGAUGAGAGCACACCCGAAAAGCGUACAGACAAAAUAUUCCGACAAAUGGAUCGGAAUAAGGAUGGAAAACUCAGUUUGGAAGAGUUUAUCGAAGGCGCAAAAAGCGAUCCAUCUAUUGUUCGAUUAUUGCAAUGCGAUCCGCAGGCGCAGUAAAUAAUUAAAACCAAACAUGUUAACAUCAAACUAACAACAACAACAACACACACAUACAUAUUACACACGCAUACACAUGCAAACAACACUUCAACACCACCACAAUUAAACCCCUCCACCUGUCCUCCCCCAACAAUAAUAAAUUGACAUUAGAGAUGAGAUAAGAGAAUAAGACACACAAAUCAAAUCUCACAUCGCAUAGUUGGCCGACUACAAAUAAAAAACAAUCGUUAAAACUUAUAAAAUUUAAAAUGGAUCGAAUCGUAAAUGCUAUAAUAAAACACUCUUCAUGCAUACAAUAAUAUCACCAACACGUUGUGAGACACAAAAAAUGAAAAACAAACAAACAUAUAAAACAUUAGAUGUAAAUGUGAUGCUAAUUGAAGACAUAACAAAAACCAUGCGAAACUUAAUGUUAGCUCACUUGUAUAUUUCAAAGUUAAUGAAAACGAAAGACACAAAAAUAACAAAAAAAAGAAGAUUUAAAUUUAACAUUAUUUAAAAAAAAAAACGUCCACUGAAUCCUUGUCAGAGACGAACAUUAACCUUAAAUAUAAUUCGGCUACACACAGCAACAAUUUCUAAUUUUCUUUUGUUCUAGUAAAUGAAUAUUAAAAAGAAAACAAAAAAAAUGAUAUCAACAUCGAGUUAAAAGAGACACAAAGCUAAAAAGAAUUAUAGUAGAAGAAGAAAAAUUGUGAAACAAAUUGUAUAUGUAUUCCAUAUGCUCUUUUUUAUCCCCCGGAAUGAUGCAAGAAAAAUGUCCUACAUUUCGUAUAUAUGUAUACUUUUCAUGUUGGAUUGUUGUGAACGCUCGCUAUUGUAUGCUUACCAUUCUACCAACUAUUGGCAAUAAGAAUGUCCAAUGAUGAGAGCAUUUUUUUUUGUUAUUUUAUGAUUUCGUUGAUCGAGAUAUGUUGUCAGUAUUCGUUCAAAAAUAACCAACAAUAUGAUCGAUGGUUAUUUAAAUGAAUUAAUAUACUAUAUUUCGAUACUUCAACAAAAUUAUGCAGAAAAAAAAAUAAUAUGCACUUAAUUAUGGUGCGUAUGUUUAUCAUUCGAGUUUUUACGGCCUCUUGUUGAUGUUGUCAUCCAUUAAUUAAUGAGUGGUUUAAUUCGGUUGUUUAGCUAUGGAGAAAUAUGGAAAAAAUCGAAGCAAAUAAUCACAAAAUACAUCGUCAUUUGUUUAUUUAUUUAUUUUAUUUGGUAAUAAAAUAAAACAAAAACUUUAGCAACAACAAACAAAUAAUAGUAUUUCAAGAUGGCUUGUAUUGAAACGUUGAAUGUACACUAAACAAAACCAUACGAAUAAAAUGACGAUGCCCAUAGACCAGAGCUUGCUGCUGCAUCUUGUUCACGCAAACAAAACAAUCCAUUUUCAUCAACACGAAAAUGUAAAUGUAAUCAAACUACAUGGCAAACACAAGACAAUAUAUAUCUGUAAGUGUGUGUGUGCAGUGGCGAGAGAGAGAGAGAGAGAGAGAGAGAGAGAGAUAGAGAGAAAGGAAGAGAGAAUGGCAAUGAGCAAAAGAUGUGGAUAUAUUCCUGGCCUACAAAAUAAUUGACUGAAAUGGUACAAAGUAUGCAGAGGACGCUGAAGCUCAAAUCAACGGAACAGUGCCAUUGAAAUAGCGGCAACAGCAACAUCAACAGUAGCAUCUUGGACAAACACAUACACACACCAACAUUCACAGAUAUUGACUCCGCCACAAAUAAUACCACAAUACUGUCAACGUGAGCGACAAAUAAUAACAUAUCGAUAGAUUUUUUAAGUUUAAAAAUAUAAAUGGUAUUGCAAAAGUGGCGCGCAACUUCGACUCUUUCUCUGGCCUUUUCAUCUAUCCUACUACACAAAUGUCUAUUUUUUAAAUCUCAUUUCUUUCAUUGUUGAUUAUUAAUUAUUUGUAAACUGAACUGAUUUUCAGUGGUAAUUUUAAUUUUCAAAUGAAUUUAUCAAUAUUACAACAAAGCAGAAAAAGAGCGUCAGGAAUACAUAGAUAAUAAAUUUGAAAGUACGUCGAAAGUAUAUUCAUAGCAAACAAUACAUACACGAUGAUUGCUGAAUUUUGCCGUAAAAUAUGUUAAAUUACACUAUUGACAACUCUCUAUUUCUAUAUUUAUCUGAAGAAAAUGUUAACAAAUUUAUGAUAAAAGAAAAUGAAAGAAAUUGCACUCAUUUCAUUGACAAUUUAAAAAAAAAAUGAUUCGUUAGAGCAGUGAAUCCCAACACAUUCACAUGUUUUAUCACCAUUAUCAUUUUACAUGAGUGCAAAGAGAUUAGUUUCACACUCAGAAGAAGAAAUACAGAGCCUCACUCAAUAUGCCGGUAUUGACAAAUUUUUUUUAAAUAGAAAAUAAAGAACGUCAAUUCCACUUUGCCAUUUCGAACGUUUCUCAGCGAAAUAUGUUCAAUUCACACACAGUCACAGUAAAUGUGAUUCAGAUGUGAAAUGUUAUUCGUUAAUCAAUUAAUAUCCAUAUUUAAAACUCUUAGAAAAAAAAAAUAUAAUAAACCCAGAUUCUAACUCUAUUCGCCUUUGCGAUUUGUUCGUUUCAACUUAAAUCUCAAACUGUUGACUCUAUGCCAUCAAUUUACUACAUACUAAAAAAAGGAACAAUAAUCCAUGAAAUUAAUAUCUCAAUUAGAUAAUAAUUUAAUAUUGAACACAUUUAUAGCCAUUUUGUCUACACACACGUACACACAGCUAUCAUCAUCGAAUUAUUAUUUACAAAAAGUUUCUGUUUGUUUUUCUCGUUUGAUUGUAACAUUAACGGUUCGUCAAUGUUUAGUUCGCGAACAUCAAAAUGAAUACAAAAUGCAAUACAAUUUUUGAAAAAAAAAAAAAAAAAAAAAAAAAAACAUAUGAAGUAAAUAAGAAUCAAAGUGAAAUAUUAAAAUAAAACUGUUAAGUUCAAUGCUUAAUGUUGCCAUUGAUUAUUAUUAAAAUAUGUAAUGCAAACAACAAUAACAAAUAAUGAAAUUAUCAGCAAAACAAUAUUAUAAAAUGCGGAGAAAUGAUGUUAGUUUAAGUCAUAUUAGAAGACAUUUUAUUAUUAUAUGUAAUAUUGAUCUUUCCUGCAAAAAAAAAAGAGAAGAACAACAACAACAAAGAACGAGUGAACUCACCACCGUCAAUUUUACUAAAGUCACAUUCAUUAUUGUAUUGACAGUGGACUCGGUUUACAUGCUCUUUCAAAUCUCCGCCUUUAUUCGUUUUUUGCUAGUUCCUUCAUCUAUAUAGAUAUCUCCUGAUUUCCCUAUUUAAUAUAGAAUAAAAUACACACACAUAAAAUCGUAUGUAAUUUCCUCCAUAUGUAAUCUGCGAUCAGGGCAAAACGAUUCUGUUUAUGUUCGCAAAUUUUCCGUAUUAUUUCUUUAAAAUAAAUUAUUUACAUUA